AUGGACCACGCUACACCGGACUGCCCGACGCCACGACCUCCGAGGCCGGCAAGCAAAGGCUUCAAGGGCCGCGGCAAGACCUCCAAAGCUCAGUCUCGUCCACGACGGUUGGGUUUCUGGGCGAUGAACACGCUGGCGCGCGUCAUGCUGGACAUGUUCAACCAGAAGGACGCCCAGGACCAGGAUCUCGCGACGGAGAAGUUCCAGGAGCCAGCCGAAUACGACAUCAUGAUGGCCAGCGCGGAGAGCGACCCGAUCCUACCGAACGUGCCAGAAGUGGACGCGAUGAUCUCCAGUGCGAUCGCGCUAGCUACCCCGGCGGUGGCAGGGCGCGGCUGGCUGGAGACGAUCGCAGCGGAGCUCGAGAAGCACGGCCUGAGACACAUCAUCGUCGAGGCGAGCCAGAAGUUCAAGGGACUUGGCGGGGCACGACGCGAAGCGAAGCGAAAGUGGAUCAUCCCGAUCGGUAUCGGAACGACGCAUGUCCUGCAGGAGUACAUCGAAAUUCCCGGUGACAUGAUCGGCUUGACGAGGAAGAAGAACCUGGCGGACUGGAAGACGAACCUCUACCUGCGCGAGGACGGCCAGUGGGUCGACUUCCAGGAGCUCGGGGUGCACGACAAGGAGCUCGCGAAGCUUCCAGGCGGCCACGCAGGCAUCGACAUCUUCGACUACGACCUGGAGUCGUACGAGGCGGAGCCCCUCCUCGAGAAAUCCCGCAUCAACGUCGAGAACGUCGAGCAGGAGGCCUUCCUGGUCGCGGAGACGCUGCAGGAGUCCAAGCCAGAUUUCACGGUCAAGGACGACGCCGACUGGUGGGUCCAGGAGGCCAUGAAGAACGGCAGCAAGGGGAUCUUCAAGAAGGGUACGCUCAAGCGGAUCGACAAGAUCAUGAAGGAGUAUGCGGUCAUAUUCGACGUGCUGCGCGACAACAACGAGACGUUUCUCUGGGAGUUGUUCGCGGAGGAGGCGCGCUUUACUCAUAUAGCUUCGAGGGGCGGUCACGAGAAUGCGACCCCCUCGGACUUGUCUAAUGGCGUGAACUUUAACGACCCUCAGACGCGAUCAGAUUUCCUGUUUUUGAUCAGGACCUUCAAACCCUGGAUGGUUCCGGUCGCAUUCCCGUGUACCACCCACACGAAUAUGCAAGAGUUACAGCGUGCUCAGGGCAUGGGCGACCGGGUGGACGACCUUAUCCAGGAGCUUCGGCCGCUGAUUGAAUUCUCAGCGGAGGUGCUCAAGCUCCAGGCUGAAGGAGGACGGAUCGGCAUCGGCGAGAAUCCCCUCACCUUAUGA